AUUCCUACAAAGACACCCUACAUGAAACUUGUUUUGUAAACCAUGAGCAAAUCACUCAGGAAACCGUUAUUCUACCUGAUCAUUUUUCUCUCUCUUUACCCCUCCACUUCCAGGGACUCCCUUACCCCUACCACGAAUCUUGCCGAUGGAGAUGUCUUGCUUUCAUCUACCGGAACCUUUGCACUGGGAUUCUUUACCCCUGACAACUCCACCACCAGCAACAGAUACAUCGGCAUAUGGUACAACAAAAUACCAGGACAGACCGUAAUCUGGGUGGCAAAUCACUUUCACCCAAUUAAUGGUACCACUGGAAUCUUAUCGAUUACCAAAAAUGGAAGUCUUGUUAUUACUGCUGGUGGUUUCCCCAUCAUCUGGCUAUUUGUUUCUACGAAACAAGCUACUAAUCCAAUAGCCCAGUUAUUGGAUACUGGUAAUUUUGUUGUUGCUGACGACACUGAUUCUAACAGCAUAGCAUGGCAGGGCUUUGACUAUCCAACCGAUACUUUGAUCCCGGGCAUGAAGGUCGGAUGGGAUGCUAAAAGUGGUCUGAAUCGCAACCUCACUGGAUGGUCAAGUUCUACAGAUCCGUCACCUGGAAUAUACACAUUAGCAGUCGACCUCCAUGGUGAUCCUCAAUUGAUAUUUUGGGCUGGUUCUGUCCGAGAAUGGAGGUCUGGUCCCUGGAUUGGAAGAAUACCAUUCUAUGACAACGAUUCCAUGGACUCAUUUUCAUUCACUUUCAUUAACAACAAGAACGAGGUUACUUACACGGCUGAUAUGGUGAACAAUGCUACGCUGACUAGGUUGGUGGUGAAUCCAUCUGGGCUCAUACAAAGAUUAGUAUUGCUUGAUUCUGGUGAAUGGGGUCAGUAUCGGUAUUUACCAGCGACCCAGUGUGACCUGUUCGGUGUAUGUGGGCCCAACAGCCUGUGCUACAUUGAUACCCUACGAGCUUGCAGUUGCUUGCCGGGGUUUGAGCCCAAGUCGCCAUAUGACUGGGCCUUAAAGGGCUUUACUGGUGGGUGCAUUAGGAAGACAUCAUUAGACUGUAGGAAUGGAACUGAUGGAUUUGUGCCAGUGCAAAGGACAGUUUUACCUGAUACGGUGCAGGCAACGGUGGACAUGAGUAUGAGCUUCGAUGAAUGUAGGGCAGAAUGCUUGAGGAAUUGUUCUUGCACAGGUUUUGCAAACGUACAACAUGGGUGGACAGGAGUUCUACCUGCGGUUGGCAGCAGCAGAUAUAGAAUCAAUAUCAAGCCAGUCUCAUAAACGAGGGCACACAAUCUUAGUUGUCGUGCUGAGUGUAUUCUUGGCGAUACUAAUACUUGCUUGUAUUAUUUUCUAUACAUUGAGGAAGAAGAAAAGAAGUAGAGGUACUUCUGUUAAUGAAAAUGCUGAAGAAAGUACUAGAGAAGAUAGCAUGGAGCUGCCUCUGUUUGAUUUUGAUAUCAUAAAGAGAGCAACCAACAAUUUCUCUGAUGAUAAUAAGAUUGGAGAAGGUGGAUUUGGUCCUGUUUACAAGUAUUGUUGUUUGGUGAAACAUUAGGGAAAGUUGGAACAGGAAAUAGCUGUAAAGAGACUCUCGAAGGCUUCAGUACAA